AUGGCGGUGACUAAUGAUGUAGAAGUGGUGAUUGGUGGUCAUUCUGGUAAUAGUGGUUAUUGUGUCCUAUUUCCAAUGGAAACCGCAAGGCUGAAAUUUUAUGAUUUUUUGCCUCUUAUGGCUGAAAAAUUAGGUGGAGAUGGUUUGAUAAAUGAGAUGUGUAAUGGUUUUCAAUUAUUAAUGGACAAAGAUAAAGAGGUCAUCACAUUUGAGAGCCUUAAGAAGAAUUCUGCUUUGAUGGGGCUUCAAGAUUUGAAAGAUGAUGAUCUUUGGAGUAUGAUUAAAGAAGGUGAUUUUGAUGGAGAUGGAGUUCUCAAUCAGAUGGAAUUUUGUGUGUUGAUGUUUAGAUUGAGUCCUACGUUAAUGGAUCAGUCUAAUUUUUUAUUAGAAGAGGCUCUUCAAAAUGACUUCAAAGAUUAUGACUUUGCCUUGUAA